AUGUGGCCAAUACCAGCUUUGACUAUCUUCGUCGCUUACGCUCCAAAAUCAAGCUACGAAGAAGAAGAAGUCGAAGCUUUCUAUAUGGACCUGGAGAAGUUCUACCAAGAAGGUCAUGCUUUCUACAAGGUCAUAAUUGGCGAUUUCAACGCUAAGGUUGGCCCAAGAAGAACGCCGGAGGAACUUCACAUCGGGACCCACGACCUACAAUGGAAUGACCAGGGAGAGAGGCUCUCCGAGUUCACCAUGACGACUAAGACCAUCCAUGGGAACUCGCAAUUCCAGAAGCCCUUCUCUUUACGCUGGACGUGGGAGUCACCCGGUGGAGGGUACCGUAAUGAAAUAGACCACAUCAUCGUCAAUAAAAGGUUCUGCCUGACGGACGUCAGUGUUGUACCAAAGUUCUAUACGAGAUCGGACCAUCGCCUCCUCCGAGGAAGGUUUUCCUUCACAAGGAGAGCAGAGAAAGCCGCCAAGUUCAGAGAGAGAGAAAUCCCAGGACUACCAUUAACUGGGAUCUCUUCGCUACGCUAG